AUGUCCAUGCUCAAAAAACUUGUGCGGAUCAACAAUGACCUUAAGAAAGGCACCGUACUUGUCACUGCGAUCGAGAAGAAGAUAUAUCCUACGCCAAAUUGGGAAGUCGACGGAUACAAAAGCCUCACUUAUGGACAGUAUGGCGAUUCUAUCGAAAAGGUAGCCCACUGGCUAGACACUCAGCUGAGCAAGGCGACCGCGACCGACACGGUGGCCUAUCUGGGUCCCAACGAUCUGCGAAAUGCCAUUCUGUGGCCCGCUGUGGUUAAGACAGGGAGGAAGCUCAUGAUACCAGACGGAAGGGUCACAGACGAGGGUCUGAAGACAUUGCUGAGAGAUACGAAGGCCAAAGUAUGGAUUUCGACGGAAGACGACGUAAAGGGCCCGCUUGAUUCUCUUUCUGAAGGCCUCACGAACAUUGCCCUACCGCCUAUGGACUGGUGCCUUUGCGCCUCCUGGCACGAGCACUAUCCUUAUGAGAAGACAUGGGACGAAGCGAAAUGGGAUGAGAUCUUGAUCAUCCACACUUCGGGAACAACCGGGCUUCAGAAGCCGAUUUAUCAUACCAACGGCUGGCACGUGUGCUCCAAGGCACGGGAGUUGCCCAAAAUUCACUUUCCGCGUGGAACUGUACACGAUGCGUGGCUUGGCAAGAGCGUGGUUUUAUCUUGUCCACCUCAAUGGUUGGGAGGAUUGGUUCACUACGUCAAUUUCCUAGUCUACGCGAGUACAGUCGCCGUUAUCCCUCCAGCAGACCACGCAGCAUUUUCUCCGGAUGUGUUCAAGAAGCUUAUACGCAUGGACACAGCGGACGGGAUCAAAUGUCCGCCACAUUCCAUACAUCAGUUGUAUGCUGAAGCAGAGACACAACAGCUGAUGAAGGACUUCCAGUUCAUCGUAUAUUUGGGCGCCGCGCUAGUUAAGCAGAUGAUCCAGGUGUCUCCGUGAGACUUCCCACUUGAAGCUCUGUAGUCAUCGUAGAGUUGAAUUUUGGGAGGGUGCGAACCUGGCACGAUCGUGUGCAUUGACUGACGGCGUGCAUUGAGUGCACAGGCACGGUACCGGUACGUUAGC